AUGGCCGGGCUUGAAAGGCGGGUGCACGCGAUCGCGCCCGUGCGGGGGUCCACGUGCGGCACCCUCAGGUACGCCCCCCUCUUCCAUCUCAAAGCUGCAGCGGUCGUCAGACCCCUCGGCGCGCCUCCCGCCCCCAAACUGCGGACGUGCGGCCAGAGGGAAAAGGAGGUGGGGGGGGGGCCACACGCCCCCGCGCCGCGCCUGCGCACUCGGCCUGGCCACGACGCAGUCCCGCCUCCGGCAGCAAUCCCGCGCGUCUAUUGGUACGAGCAGAGCAGCGAUCGAGUGACGUCAGGCUCGGUUCGCGGCCCGUUGCCAUGGAAGCCGCGUUUCCAUCCCUGCGGGCUUCCGGGGGCCGCCCCCUCCCAUUCAACUUUUUCCUCCCUGAGAGGAGGGGUUGGUUGGUGCAGGGCCGUCCCCGCCUCCUGUGAUUCCGCAGCCCCUGCCUACACUGGGCCUCAAUUUACCUUUUUGUGCUGCCCACGCCCACGUGGCCUGACCGGCCGCCUCUCAGGUGAGCAGGCCGGAGGAAACUCUCGCAAGGUGCUGGGACACCCCACAGACCGACCUCCCCCCCAAGGAAAAAGGAACAUGGAAAAGGAAAUCAGGAACAAGAGUUCGAACAUGGAAGAGAAGCAAUCCCUGGCAGUCAUGGGCUUGGUCGCGGUUGACGCGCACCUGACCGCGGGGUUCCUCACCCGGUGGUUUCAGAGCCAGGGUUUGCGGUGGGGGCUCUCCUCUCCGUGGCCCCCUCCCCUGUCUGUAAAGUGCAUAAUGAGGCAUCUACGUUUUUGACUUAAACCUGAAAGGAGUGGGGAGGGAGGCAGAACGGAAGGGGGGGGCGGCUUCCUAGUCUCCGCUCUCUCUCAACCAUCUGGAAAGACUGCUACAUAUUUGGAGCUUGGGAAGGUGGGCGGGAGGGACCCAGUGCAGGUCGGGAGGAUGAGGCAAUGGAGGAAGGGGCGGGGAGUGUGAGCCGAAUCAAGGAGGCAGGAACCCAAGUCCACGGAGAGUUCGGAAAACCAUGGUAGGAAUUGA